GUUAACCAUUAAUGCCACAUUUAAAUUCACGUCACUUUCACAUCUAUUCCAAAUCAUUGUCACCUCAUUAAAAAACUUAAAUUAUGCUCAAACCAUUAUCGUCAAACCCUUCACUUACGAGAAAUCUAUCGUUUAAUAUCUUUAAAAAGCGUGCGAACUGCUGCGACAAAGAACCUGCCAAACCAACGCCAAAAUACACUGUGCAAAAAACGUGCGAACCAUCGAUAUUCGAGAUUUGGAAGCCAAAAAUCCCAGAACUGAAUGCUUGCAACUAUCCUACUAUCAAAACAAGUAUGAUGAUGCCAUACAAUCACAAGACUUGUACCGCUGGAAUGAAUUUUCGCGAAAAAACGCGCUGUGAAAUUGAGGCAGAAGCGCGAGAAUGUCAGAAAAUGAACCAUCCGAAGUGGAUACAAAAAUGCCCACCAGCAUCAAAAAUCAAGAUAUCUGAGCCAAUAACACCGAUGAAGGCGUCAAUGGUCACGUGCAAAGGCGCAAAUGGCAGCCAAAAGAAAAUUGCGAAAAAAUCGUUAAGAGAUAAAUGUGACCCUCCGGUUCCAGAAGGUGAUUGGAACCCGGAUGGUCAUUUAAGCUGAUAAAUUGAUUCAUCUAAAUACAACACAAGUAACAUUUGUA